GGCGGGCAGGCCGCCCCAAUGGCGGCAGCGAGCGGCGGGGGAGGAGACAUGAAGAGAAAAUGGGAAGAAAGACUGAAGAAAGUGGAAGAACGAGCAUCCUACUAUGAAAGAAACCCUCUUCCUACAGUUUAUAGACCAAGACUGUCCAAACCCUUUCAGCCAUCUUCUGUUUGGAAAAUAUUUUCUCGACAGGCUGAAGCUUUUAAUUAUGUAAAAAUCUGCAAAGAGGAUGUUCAUGUAUUUGCUUUGGAAAAGAACACACAGAGUGGACAGAGGUUUUACCUUGUGACAACAUAUAAAGAGCUUUGGUUUUAUUACACCAAAGGUUACAAAACAAGUCUUAUGCAUUGCUAUGAAGUAAUUCCUGAAAAAGAUGCUUGCAAACUUUAUUUUGAUUUGGAGUUCUACAAACCAGCAAAUCCUGGUGCAGAUGGCAAGAGUAUGGUUGCAAAGCUAAUUGAGCUUGUCAGCCAAAAAUUAAAAGAACUUUAUGAUGUAAAUUGUUCAGCUAAAGAUGUCUUGAAUUUAGAUUCCAGUACCGAUGAAAAAUUUAGUCGGCACUUAAUAUUUCUACCCCAAAAGACUGUAUUUAAGGAUAAUAUUCAUGUUGGUAACUUUGUGAGAACCAUUUUGCAGCCUGCCAUAAGAUUAAUGGAGAGUGAGGCUGCUGCUGCUGUGAUUCCAGAAGAAGAAGCAGGAUGUGUUUUCCAGUCUUCUGCAGAAGCAGUUGGAUUAGAUGGUUCUCUUAGAAACCUCACAGCUGUCGAAGAUGCUUCCAAAGGCUGGCCAACCAUUGCUCACAAAACAAAGGAUACGGAAAUGUCACACCAGGGAGAAAAUUUGGAGUUUUCUUUUCUAAUAGUAAAUGAUACAAAAGGCAACAAGCAACUUUUUGUGGAUCUAGGAGUUUAUACAAAGAAUAGAAACUUCCGGAUGUAUAAAUCAUCAAAAGCAGGAAAAAAUGUGAUUCUGAAGAUAGCAGAGGAUAAUAAGUUUAUCCCUCGCUAUGAAAAGGAUGUUUCCUUGGAAGAAGCAUAUUUUCUUUCCUCUUUAAUCUGCAACAUUAGAGUGAGUGAUGACACAAAAGUUCUGUCAUCUGGCUUUUCAGAGGAGGAGAGAAAAAUGUCUGCUUUUUUAAACAGUAAAACAACCAGAAGCAGCCAAGAUUCCAUGGAAGGCUAUCAGGGUUCACCAUAUCCAGAAAUUGAUAAUUUUGUUCAUUCUUUGGUUAAUAAAGAUGGGCUACAAGGAGGGAUACGGCAGUGGAAUUACUUCUCUCUCAAAGAAAUACUUGUAUAUGAUAUUUCUGGUUACCGCUGGUGUGAAAAUAUUGGAAGAGCUCACAAAAGUAACAACAUAAUGAUUCUGGUAGAUCUGAAGAACGAAGUCUGGUAUCAAAAGUGUCAUGAUCCUGUCUGCAGAGAACAAAACUUCAAAUCACAAAGUUUUCCAUUACCACCAGGGAUAUGUCUCCCGUCUCUUUUCAAAGAGGAAGAAGAGUAUACACCAAUGGAUGAAAGGGGGAACACAGAAGAAAAGGUGAAACCACAUUUUAAUGCAUCAGACUUGUCAGAAAGCUCAGGAUCUCUGGCAAACAGCUUGUCUCAAGACUUCUUGCUGUCAGACAGUGAGUGGGAAAAUGCAAGCGACGAUGCCUGUUUCCUGGAAGCUGCCGAAGAUGUGGAACUCGCUGAAGCUGCAAAUGAUAGUCUGAAUUAUGCCAUGGAAGAAAUCCCAGAUGAAGCUCUUUUGGAAGCUUUAAGGAAAGAAGACUCUUGAAAUAGAGAAGGCAGCUAACCACUGGCUUGGCCAGCACACAGACUGCCAGCAGUGACACCUGCGUGCUUUGUGCCUCUGGAAAGAUACUGCGAUGUAGUUCAAAAGCACUAUUCCAGAGGUGUAGGACAAAGAGCAGAUUAGCUGGAUGAUCCUGAACAGGCAGGAGGAGAUCAUGGAAGAUUACGUCGAGUCUGAAGAGUGCUGGACUGAAACACUCAUCA